UUUGCAUGUCUACCAUUGCAUUUGAACUGUCUACCGAGCGAUAAUUGGAGAUACUAUUUAUAGCACCCGCUUAACCCCGCGUAACCCCGAGUGAGGGAGGGUCAAGCCAGAGGCGGUCGAGAGCUCAGCACCUUACGGCGUCCUCCCAAUUCCAAAUCAGCCAAUUCCACCAGUCUGCAACCUACCUACCAACCUACUUUCCUCUCUUCAGAAAAUCAAAUCAUAACAGCAUACGAACCCCUAAACCUAUCUACCACCGCGAACCCCCGACCUCCUACCCACCUACCUACCUCCACCGGUCAGCUGCCACCGUCGGUGCAACAACCCCUGACAUCCUCGCCGGCUCUUCACCAUCUGUUACCCAUUUACCCACCCAGAUCCGGUUCUCACAUCCACAACAUGGAAGGAACCAGGAACCGAAAACAACGCCGCGCAGCAGCAGCAGCAGCAGCAGCAAAACAACCCCGAUCCACCGACGCGUUCGAUCCCGCCUCCGUCCCGCUCGCCCAUCCACCAACGACAAAUCACCCCACCGGCAAAACCCUGGUGGAUAUCAUCGCCGAGCGCCAGGGUGAACUACUGGGGCAGCUCUCUCCCAACGGGGGUGCAGGCACAGGCACACAGACGCAGUUCGUGACCGUCGACCCGCGGACGGGGGCGAUCUCCGCCGUCGACGAGGGGAGUCUCUCGAGCGAGACGAAGAGGAAGGCGAGGAAGCGGGCGGAGAAGGCGCGGUGGCGGCAGCAGCAGCAGCAGCAGCAGCGACAAGGGAACGGCGAGAACGAGAUUUCUGGCGGAGAGGAUGAGGAGGACGAGGACGAGGACGAGGACGAGGACGAAGAGGAGGAAGAGCUCGAACAUCCGAUCCCCCCGGUCAUCGAUACGUUGCUCCUCGCCGUGCCCCUGGCGACCCUCCAUCUGACGCUCGCGUACCUCGCCGCUCAUCAGUACGCCCAGGAGAUCGAGCUGGAGAAACUCGUCCGCGACUCCGCCUUCGUGGCCUUGCCCAUGCUGGCGCUGUUGAUCCACCUCGCGCACGGGCAUGUUGUCUCCUUCGUUGGGGCACCGAAUAGAGAAACGCUCUCGCUCUUGCCGUGGGACAGCGAGAAGCAGUCGUGGGCGUUCAUGCGCAGGCUCCUCUUCCCGCCGAGUCUACGCACCGUGGUCUUUCUCCCGCUGACGGCUUUCCUGGGGUGCAGGUUGAUGAUCAUGACGAACGAGGAUCCCUACUACGCUGUCAUGAAGCAUGCGCCGGCUUUUGGGACUAUGUGGAUCUGGGGCGUCUUGGAGAUGUCCUUCGGACCGGCCGUGCUGGGCGCGCUGGGCCCGUUGAUCUGGGGAGUCUGGUGGAUGGGGUAUGGAAUUCUCUGAGCUCGCUGUGCUAGUUGUGAGGGAGUGCGCGAGAGCGGGCUGUUGCUCGUCCGUCUGCGGACUCGGUCACUCAUCCUCCCAUC